UCAUAAUAAAUUUGUAUCACUAUAUAUAUAGUGACAGCAGUAACCUUCACUCUCCCCAUUUGCCACUUCUUUCCGCAGAUCAGAUCUGAUUCUUCACAACACAGAGUAAAUGGGUCGUCGUGGAGUUAGCAGUGGUGGAGGGCAGAGUUCUUUGGGCUACCUUCUUGGAGGUGAGGAAGCUCCUGCUGCAAAGCCUGCCUCUAACAAUGUGCAGGCGCCUGUUGAGAAGCCAGCCCCAGUUACUUCUGUGGUAGCGGAGAAACAGCCUUCUGCUGCACCAUCUGGUGAUGCUCCAAAGCAGAUUCCUGCUGGUAUCCAGGGAAAUCAGAAGAAUAACUAUUACCGUGCUGAUGGACAGAACACUGGGAACUUCCUCACGGAUCGACCUUCUACUAAGGUCCAUGCUGCCCCAGGUGGUGGAUCUUCGUUGGGAUACCUUUUUGGCGGUGGGAGCAACUAAUUGCUUUGGCUCGUCAAAUUCAACAAUGAGAUCGCCGUCUACUCUCUCUCGGCCCCAUUUAAAUUGGGGACCUACCAAUAUAUGUUCAUCUUCAAUGCUUGUGAAUUGUAAUACAGUUUACCUUUCUUGUGUCGUAUGCAUUGUCUCGAGCUGUUGUUGAAGCUAAUGUCAAAAUAGUGUUUUGCUCUCCUUUCUAUCAAUAUCAGCUAUGGUGAUGGAUCAUUUGUGGUUGUUAA